CCCUGCCCGCCCCUCACUACCGAACAAGGGUUGAGAUGCAACACAACAGUUUGCUACUGAAAACUACAGCCACAGGAUGGGGUGUCGGCGACUUCAAAGAUGUUCAUUUAACAUCUGAAGAUAGGAAAUUAAGAUUUAAAACAUGUAAUCCAUUCUAGAUAAAACAGGCCUAUACUUUAAGAUCAUAAUGCGGACUUCCCACGUGAGAGAACACUGGAUACACUUCUUGUUCGCCUGCUAUUUGUUAGGGUUCCAUCUGUCUUUAGCCCAGACACCAGAGCAGACCACGUGGGUGAAAGGCAUUCUGGGAGGAUCUGCCACAUUUCCAGCUCCAGUGUUGAAAACUGGCACCCUGUCAUAUAAAGAUCUAGGAGCUGCAGCCAUGGUGUUCAAAGGCAGCAGUGACACAGAGCUAAUGAAGCAGUUCAGAGGCAGACUGCAGUGGGACAAUCAGACUGGACUCUUCACCAUCACACGUCUGAGGACAGAAGACUCUGGGACAUAUAUUGUGAACUGUAAAGAAGAACAGAGUAAAUGCACAUUUACAUUCCAGCUGGAAGUCUACAAGAAUGUGUCCUCACCCACAGUGACAUGGAUACAAUCAGAGAGAAAGAACUGCUCGGUGCUGUGCUUUGUGGAGAAUGGAAGAGAGGUCACUCUAUCCUGGCUGAGAGAUGGGGAGAUGCUGUCCAACACCAGCAACCCUGAUAUCAACACCUCUUUGUCUCUCCUUCUGGAGUUAGAGAGAGAGGGACACACCUACUACUGUGAGACAAAGAACCCUGUCAGCUCACAGCUCUACCGGCUGGGUGUACCAUCUAGCUGCACUGAGGAUUCAGAUCAGAAAUUGCCAGAGGUCCCUAAAAAUGACCUCGCCCCCCUAGUUGUACCAUUGUGCUCUCUGCUUGUUCUUAUAUGUGAAAUGGGAAUUAUGUAUUUGUGCUUGUUGAGAAGAAGAAGGCAUUUUGCACAAGUUGAGCAGAACAUCAAACUGACCACUGUGUAUGAUGAGCUCCAGCUGUGCAGAGUCUCUGCUGCUGCUGAACAGUGCUGACAGAGUGGAGUGUUCUCAGGAGGAAUGUUUGUGUUGGUGCAGGUCUCUAUUUGUCCUCACGCCCUAGGAAGGAUACGCCGCUUCACAGGAAUAGCGCUGUUCAGAAUGGCGGCAUAUCCAGCUACAUCGCUGGCUCUCAGUGAGACACUCCCCGUGGUGUGGAAUUUAAUCCUGGGAUUGCACAUAAAUGCCCAUGGAAAUGUCCAGAGAAGGAAGCUGUACCCUUUCCUACCAGGUCAUUCAGGUGCCUGUGGCCUACCUGUGCUUGCUACUGCUUGUGCUAGCCUGCGCUCUCCAAGUAUAACAGAGGAAGUAGAAUGGACAUUAUGCUACUUAUCCAAAUUGACUGGUGUUCAGGAUAAAUUAACAUUUCAUACUGACCUGCACAAUUCUUUGUUUGCGGAUUUGUUGUUUUUCUUUUAUUAUUAUUAUCCAUCCAUCCAUUAUCUAUACCUGCUUAUCCUAGGCAGAGUCACUGGGGCUGGUGCACAGGGCGAGAGGCAAGAAUACACCCUGGACAGGCCAUCAAUCUAUUGCAGGGCAGACACUCCAUUCACAUACUUAUGGGCAAUUUAGAGUCUACCUGCAUGUCUCUAAU